CUGGACACAGUGUAGGGACGUUUUAAGUUCAUUCCAUGUACAAUUAAUAGCAGAAUUACUGGCAAUUAAGGUGUAAUAUUAGGCACUAAGGACAUUUGCCGGAAAUCUAGGCAAAUACUUUAAGAGAAUGGCGCGUUGGCUACGGAGCAGCUCCAUCCAAAGGCAAGUAGUCUUUUUAAUUUUCUCUCUGUGCGCUUUCCGGGUGGGAUGCGAGACAAUUCGCUAUUCUGUACCCGAAGAAAUGGAGAGGGACUCCUUUGUCGCCAACAUUGCAAAGGAUUUGGGUGUGACAGUAAGCGAGAUGGCUGCUCGUAAAGCCCGAGUCAUUACUGAAAGAAGUAAACAGUAUUUUCGGCUGAAUCUAAGUACUGGAGAUCUAACAAUAAGGGAGAAGCUUGACCGGGAGGAAAUCUGCCCGCACAGUGAGAUCUGCAAAAUAUUUUUUGAAAUAUUUUUUGACAACCCCUUGCAGUUAAUUCGAGCGGAAGUGGAAAUUUAUGACAUAAAUGAUAACUCCCCCCUGUUCCCGGAAAAUGAAAUUAUAUUAGAAAUCCAGGAAACCACCUCUGUUGGGUCUGGGUUCCCUCUGGAAAGUGCCCAGGAUAUAGAUGUUGGAAGCAACAGCCUUCAGAACUACACACUCGGCCUCAAUGACCAUUUCUCUUUAGUUGUCAGGGCGAAAAAGGAUGGCGAUAAAUACGCAGAGCUCGUGCUGCAGAGACAGCUAGACCGCGAAGAGAAGCCAGAGAUGAGUUUAACACUAACAGCGACCGAUGGGGGUUCCCCCCCCAGGUCCGGUACAGCUCAGGUCCGCGUCAUAGUUCUGGAUGCCAACGAUAACAUCCCUGUCUUUACCCGAGAAACGUAUGAAGCUCACCUCCUGGAAAACAGCCCAGUGGACCACCUGGUAGUCAGAGUAGUGGCCAAGGAUCCUGACGAAGGAUCCUCGGGUGAAGUACGCUAUUCCUUCACACAAAAAUCAGAGAGACAUCACCGGCUAUUCCAAAUAAACUCUGUCACCGGAGAAAUACGAGUCGUCGGAAGGGUGGAUUAUGAAGAAGCUAAAAUGUAUGAGAUGGGAGUUAGAGCCACGGAUGGCGGGGGUCUGUCAGCCCACUGUAGAGUCCUCGUAGGUGUUUUGGAUGUGAAUGACAACCCCCCAGAGCUGGUACUGACAACCCUCACCAGAUCUAUAACCGAGGACUCUCCACCCCAGACAGUAGUGGCCUUGUUCAGUGUCAGAGACCGAGAUUCUGGAGACAAUGGGCGAACAGUGUGCUCCAUCCCUGAUGACGUGCCUUUCAUUCUAACACCAGCCAGGAGCAACUACUAUGAGCUCCGAACAGAAACGACUCUGGACAGGGAGAGAAUCUCGGAAUAUAACAUAACGAUCACGACCAUGGACAUGGGGACACCCAGUCUCACAGCCCAGGAAACGAUUUCCUUAGAAAUAUCGGACGUUAAUGACAACACUCCGGAAUUUACCCAGCGAGCUUACAGCAUGUCCGUGCGGGAGAACAACAGUCCGGAGCUGCUGAUUGGCAGCGUCACCGCCCUGGACACGGACGCAGGGCAAAACGCCCGAGUGACCUACUCGAUCCUGCGCGGCCCGGGCGUCGCCGCGUCCUCCGUCUCCAUCAACCCCGAGAGCGGCGACAUCUACGUGCUCAGGGCGACGGAUUACGAGGAGGAGCGCGAGUUCGAGGUGGGCGUGAGAGCGACGGACGCCGGGUCCCCGGCGCUCAGCUCCGAGGCCGUGCUGCGCGUCGUGGUGCUGGACGAGAACGACAACGCGCCCUUCGUGCUGCACCCGCUGCAGAACAGCACGGCGGCGUGGAGCGAGCUGGUGCCGCGCUCGGCCGAGCCGGGCUACCUGGUGACCAAGGUGGUGGCGGUGGACGCGGACGCGGGGCAGAACGCCUGGCUGUCCUACCAGCUGCUCCGCGCCACGGAGCCGGGGCUCUUCGCCGUGGCGCUGCACAGCGGCGAAGUGAGGACGAGCCGGCCGCUGACGGAGCGCGACACGGUGAAGCACAGGCUUAUUGUGCUCGUCAGGGACAGCGGGGAGUCGCCCCUGUCCUCCUCCGCCACCCUCAACAUCCUGCUCGUGGACGGCUUUUCCGACGCCUACCUGCAGUCCGCUGAUGCCGCCGCCGCCGCCGCCGCCGAAGGGGCCGACACAGGCGCUUUAACCAUGUACCUAACCGUCUCCCUGUGCCUCGUGUCCUUCCUCUUCCUGCUCUCCGUCGUGACAUUUGUCCUGCUCAAGGUGUGCCGGAGGAGAGGGGGCGGGGAGCAGUACACCAGUGCUCCCGGCACGUUGUAUGGCGACGGCAACUUGCCGAGAGACUGGGUGGAUGUGUCGGGGACCGGCACCCUGUCCAGGAGUUACCGAUACGAAGUGUGCUUGAGCACGGGGUCGGGGAGCAGCGAAUUCCGGUUCCUGAGGCCCCUCGUGCCCUGCCCUCCGCAGCAGGGGGGCUGCGUCGUGACGGGCUCCGGGAAGGAACGGGAUCUUCUCACCGACUCUCAUGCGCCCACCGACUUGGAAGGCGCCGACCAGGGCACAGCCUCUUUCUCUGAAGACUUGGUUCCCAGAUCGGGAGGCCCAGGUUGUGCUGUUAACAAGCUAAUAGGGUCGAAUGAAGACUCUGGCCAAAAUGGUUUGCUCUCUUACCAAUAGUGGAGGACAACCAACUUUGAUCUGUUCACUUACAGACAGUGUAAAGGGGACAUGAAAACAAGGAGACAUAUCCUCAAAAAAUUACCAAGAAGGGACUGAUCAGUCUUCUGAGACCAAGGGCAUGCAUCUAACUUUUAUUCUAUAUAUUCUGAUUUAGGAAAUUUAAAAUACCUUCUGCAUUUCAGAUAUGACUAUUAAAAAAGAGCGGGAGAUAUUACUACUUGCAUGUUUUGUUUAUUCCAACCAGUCCUUAUUUUGUGAUUAUAAGAGUUGUGUUGCUCCAGGCUGUUUACAUAUAAAAGGAAGUAUAGAAGUAAUCAAAAGUAAUUCUGAUAAAGUCAAAAGUAAUUUAUCAGAAAAUACCUUCCUUAUAACUUUUUCCUAAAGAUAUGAGUGCCAAAUAUUGUCUUGAUUUCCUGCAACUUUUCCAGUGCCGAGUCUAGACAGCUUAAUUAUGGGAGGGUUUUUUUUUUAAAUAACUUCUAAACUAUUUAGAUAUUAUCAGAUAAAACUGCUUAAAUUAGUUAGUUGGCUAUAAUAUACAUUACAUAUUUUGGGGGAAGGUGGGAAAAUUCUUAUACUCUGAAAAUGUUUUGUUUUUAAUCGUAUUCUUUUUCUAAUCAUGUGAAACUGAAAGUGGUGGUUACAGGGCUCUUCAAGAUCCUUGGAUGUAAGAGUAUAGAAGUGAAAAGUUCAUUUCCAUUACAUCAGUGGUUUUAUAGUAAAAUAGAUGAAAGUCAUACAAUAAAGUUCAGAC